AUGCAUGGAACUUAUGAUGGAUCGACACAAUUAGCUUCUAUAAUCGAAUUAAUAGACAAUGUAGCAACAUACAAGUAUCAAUGUAAAUUAAUGAUGGACAAAACAAAUGGCGCAAUCUAUUUGCGUGGUUCUUGGAAUUCAUUGAUCGAUGGAGAUCUUUUCGGUGAACUACUAAUGACACUCGAAGCAGAUGUUCUGUUUAAUUCUAUGUCAGGAAUAUGGGUGGGUGAAGCACAACCUGCUGAAGAACUUGCUGACUUUUUCAUUCCUAUUAAUCCAAUCCGUUGGUGCGCUACUCUAUUUCGGAAAGACAAUGAUACAUGGCAGAUGUUUGGUAGUGGUUACUUCAAUGAUUCAACGGAUAUUCCUAAUCAAUCUAUUUUAUUUUUUUCAAUAAAUGGAACUGGUACAUUGGAUGAUAUGAAAAUCAUCAAAAAAUACCUAAAUAUGGAUCAUAGUGUUGAAUACCGAGGUAAAUUGAUCGAAUAUGAUAAUGGUAGCUAUUCAUAUGUAGGUCAUUGGUCGAAUGUUGUCGCAGGUAGUUAUGGAUCAUUUUUGGCUGCACAAUACUGUUUGAAUCCAAUGAUUUCAUAUCGACUUGAUAUUUGUUUAUGUGAAAUAUGUACAAAUAUUCUUCACACUGGUGAUAAUCGCUGGUUUUGCUCUCAAUGUCAUUUGACAACAUGUCCUGGAUGUAAUCAUCAUAAACUAGCAAUCGAUCAUCCGCAUAAAUUGAUGCCACAUAUUCUGCCAACUCAACAAAUAGCUCAAGGUAAAUCUUGUCGGGAACUGAUCACUAGCGCUUUUCAUACUUUUCAAUCGUUGCCAUUAAUAGUUUUUCGAAGUACAGAGAGCAAAGAACUAGUAUGGUUCACUUAUGGUGAAAUGUCGAUGAAAUGUAAUGCUUUGGUGAAAUAUUGGAAAUCAUUUGUCAUCAAUGCUGAUGAUCAAGUGAGAUCAUUUAUUUUAAUCAUGGCAGACACUUCACCUGCCUAUAUUGCUUGUCUAUUAGCUGGACUUAUGUGUCAAGCGGUGCUUGUUCCUAUUCAUGGAGCAUUAAAAAUUGAUGCAUUAACUCAUUUGCUAUCCACAAUUGAUCCAUCUAUUGUUGUUGUUGGUGAACCGUAUUUAAAUAAAUUACUCAGUGUUUUAUCAGAAAAUUCUAGUCGACUUCUAAUGACUAUCAGUCAAAAUGAAGAACAAUUUCAAAGAGUCGAAUCAAUAAAUGAAAGAUCGAUUUCAUUGACAACGGUUAUUGAAAAAGGCAAUAAAAUUCCAAAUGAAUAUCAUUCACAUUCAUCUUUAUCAAGAAACACAAUGUCUGCUAUCCUUUCAACUUCCGGUAGUACAGGUUUUCCAAAAGGAGCCAUCUUUACUGAAGAUUUAUUGGUUCCAAAUGAUACAUUUACUAUAAUAUCGCCUUUUAUACGAAUUGAUUAUCAACCAUUCGAUCCAGUACUUGUCUUAUCUUUAAUGAGUACAAUACGAUAUGGCAGUUGUCGAGGUUUAACUAAUCUUAAAGACAUGUGGAAUGAUAUUAAAGACAUAAGACCAACAAGUCUCGGUUUAAGUCCUGCCAUAUGGACAGUUCUAUAUAAGACUUAUAUGACAAAAUUAGCAGGACUGUCAACAGAAGAACAAAGACAAAAUGUGGCGAAAGAAAUGCGCGAAAUUUUAGGUGGUCGAGUGAUUGUCGGAACAACAGGUGGUGGUUCGAUUUCUGCAUCUGUUUUGUCCUUCGUUCAGGAUAUUCUGAAGAUUAAUGUCGCGGAUAUGUACGGAUGUCGAGAAUGUGGGAUGAUUUCAAGAAAUGGAAUCAUUUAUCCUGAUGUCGAGGUUAAAUUACUCGCAGUACCCGAUAUGAAACUCGAUGGCAUUGAAGAAGGAGAAGUUUGUGUUCAUUCACCAAGGAUGAUUACAGGUUAUUGGGGUAUUGAAAAACAUCCGUCGUUCAUCAAGAUUGACGGAAAAGCAUAUUAUAAAACGGGCGAUAUAGGACAAGUACAUCAACGAACAUUAAAGUUACUCGAUAGAUCUGGUACUAUAAUAAAAAACUCCUUGGGCGAAUGGAUAUCACCAGUCAAAAUUGAGAAUAUAUUGGAACAAUUGCCAGAAAUUUCGUUAGCAUUUAUUUUAGGUGAUGCGAGUUAUUCUUAUUUGUCAGUAAUUGUAUGUCCAUCUCAAUCCGGUAGUACAUUAAAUGAAAUGGAAAUGUUACAAUUAAUUCGAUUCUAUGGUGUUCAUUGUGGAUUACAUGGAUCAGAAAUUCCUCAAUCAAUUUAUAUUGAACGAGAUAUUAUUUGGAAUGAAACAAAUAGUUUGAUGAAAGAAAAAAAAUGUCGUAGUGCACUAUUGAAACAUUAUACUGAAGUAAAAAUGCAUCUUUUUAAUCAAGAAUUAAUUUCUGAUAAUAAAACAAACAUUGAUUUAAGUCCAGAAUUUGUAGCGAUAUUAGAAAAUGUAUUAAGUCGAUCAUUAAAUGGACAAAUUAGUGGUGCAAAUACCUUUUCAGAAAUUGGUGGAAAUUCAUUCGCGGUUAAUCUCUUAUGUAAAAUUUUUAAUGAACAUGGAAUUUUUCUAGAUCCAUCAAUUGCGUAUAGUCAUCAAUUGAAUCAUUUGGAUGAAAUAUUAUCUAAGAAACGUAUUGUCUAUCAUCAAAUAAACAAUGAUAUUGAUUGGAAAAAAGAAUAUAAACUUCCUGAAGAUAUGAUUAAACUGAUUUCGAAAUCAAUAAGUUCACGAAAGAAGAACAUAUUAGUGACAGGUAGCACAGGAUUCUUAGGACCUUUACUCGUUUAUGAAAUAGCCGAAAGAACAGAUCAUGAUGUUCUUAUUUAUUGUUUAAUAAGAGCAACUAAUGCAGAACAUGCACAACAACGUUUAAAGCAAGAUUUCGAUAAAUGUAAUCGCUCUUCUUCAAUUGAUUGGACAAGAAUUCGAUGUAUAGUUGGUGAUGUUUCGAAGAAGAAUCUUGGCUUAACUUUUGAUUUAUAUAACGAACUAGUAGAACAAAUCGGUAUUAUCUAUCAUAAUGCAACCGUUGUUCAUAUGCGAAUGCCUUAUAAAACUCUAAAGCAGUGGAAUGUGGAAGGAACAUUGAAUUGUUUGAAAUUAGCUUUAACAUCUUACGCUCGUUUUAUCUAUACUAGUUCAACAGCGGCAUUGCCUCCUUUGGGCGGUUCUACUGAAGAUUUCGAUGGAUGGAUAAAAUUAACACCAAAUGAAAUAAAUCUCAAAGAUGGAUAUGGGCAAACAAAAGCUGUUGUUGAACGAUUAUUAUUUGCCGCUUCUCGCUUAGGUGCAGAUAUUGUUGUAAUACGACCUUGUACGAUUUCUGCUGAUACUCAAACAGGAUAUAGUAAUCUUUCGGAUUUUAUCAACUUAGUAUUGCUUGCCGAAUUAGAAAUGGGUACGAUUGUAGAAAAUGCAAAUAUGUUAUUACAUUUCAUUCCAGUUGAUUACUGUGCUAAAGCGAUGGUUGCUUUAGCUAUGCAUCCUGGUAGUGGAGGAAAAUGUUUUAAUUUCUAUGGAAAUGAAUUAAAUAUCACAGUUCUUCAUCAACUAUUGGUGGAUCGAUUCCCUAACGUGAUACAGAAAAAAAUCUUACAAGAUUCUUGGAAAGAAUUUGUAUUGAAUAAUCUAUGUGAAAAUAGUCGUACGUGGUCAUUGAGAGAGAAUAUUGCAUCAAUGGUUUUCAUUGGUGAAGAUCGUCGACCACGAAAAUUAAGUAUUCAAACAGAUAUGACACGAGAAUUUCUAAAGAAUGAAUGUGGACUUGAACCAUUUAUGAUGACAAAAGAGAAUCUGAUCAAGUCAAUCGAUUAUAUGAUUCAACAAGGAUUUUUAAUUCCUCGUAUAUGA